AGUGAAAAUGUCGCUGCAGAAGAGAGAGAUGCCGUAUGUCCGGCUUGGCAACUCAGGUCUGAAGGUGUCCAAGAUCAUUCUUGGGUGCAUGUCGUACGGAAGCAAGGGCUGGCAAAAGUGGGUCAUUGAGGACCAGGACGAGGUUACAAAGCACAUCAAGUUUGCCUAUGAUCAUGGUAUCCAGACGUUCGACACAGCUAAUAUCUACUCCAACGGUCUCUCCGAAGUCAUGCUCGGAAAGGCGAUCAAGGAACUCAACCUACCGCGCGAGGAGCUCGUAAUUAUGACGAAGCUGUUUGCUGCGGUUGCUCCGACAUACGACAUGAACCUGAUGUCAAUGGGUGUGAAGCCUGACGAGGUUGGACUCGUUAAUCAGCGCGGACUUAACCGCAAGCAUAUUUUCGAUUCGGUCAAGCAGAGCCUGAAGCGUCUCCAGCUCGAUUAUAUUGACCUCCUGCAGUGUCAUCGCUUUGACUACGACACUCCGAUCGAGGAGACGAUGCAAGCGCUGCAUGAUGUCGUAAAGGCAGGAUACGUGCGCUACAUUGGGAUGAGCUCGUGCUAUGCGUAUCAAUUCCAUGCCAUGCAGAACUAUGCAAUCACGCACAAUCUCACGCCCUUCAUCUCGAUGCAAAACCACCACAGUUUGCUCUACCGCGAGGAGGAACGCGAGAUGUUCCCUACACUAAAGUUGUUCGGCGUCGGCUCCAUUCCGUGGUCUCCACUCGCCCGUGGUAUCCUUUGCCGUCCGCUCUCUGACCAGACGCAAAGAGGUGAGACAGACCCGUUCGCGCACCAUUACAAGGACAGUCCGGGCUCGCCAGAGAUUGUGAAGCGCGUCGAGGAGUUGUCAAAGAAGAAAGGCGUGAGCAUGGCACAGAUCGCCAUUGCGUGGAGUAUGUCGAAGGAGGGUGUCACCGCGCCAAUCGUUGGAACGACUAGCCUCAAGAACCUCGAGGACAUCAUUGGCGCUGUGAGCGUGGAGCUUACACCGGACGAAAUCAAAUACCUCGAAACGCCGUAUCGUCCGCUCCCCAUUGACGGCCAUUCGUAAAGUGAAAAGGCGAUACAUAUUCACAUGAUGGUGCAGAUU